AUGACCUUGACCUUGAGCAGGGGAGAGAGGCGUGCUCAGGGCCCUUCCCUUCCUUCCUUCCUUCCUUCCUUCCUUCCUUCCUUCUUCCUUCUGGCCUUUGCAGGGAGAUACACCGAGGAGGAGAAGCGGCUGAGCAAAAUGGUGAUGCGAUACUGGGCCAACUUUGCACGCAGCGGGAACCCCAACGGCCAAGGGCUGGUGGAGUGGCCCCGCUACGACCAGGAGGAGGGCUACCUGGAGCUGGGCUUGGAGCCAAGAGGAGCCCACAAGCUGAAGCAGAGCAAAGUCGACUUCUGGCUGAAGACCCUGCCGGAGGAGAUGAGGGAGAAGGAGGAAGAGGAGGAGAGGAAGACACACCAAGAGCUGUAGGCAAGGGAGGGGCGGCCACAGAGGAGAACAUGGCGUCUCUAGGAAGGAGAAGGAGGACGAGGAAGAGGAGGAGGAUGAAAAGGAGGAGGAGGAAGAGGAU